CGUGAGCGGCCUUCCGGUUCCUCUGGCCGAUCAGCUGACUCUGAUGCUGCUGUCAGGAGAUCUCACCAACUGCAUUGAAUGGCAACUAUGGAAAUGAUCAAGCCAUAGAUAACCACACCGUCCUGUCACUGUUCACGGCCACAUUUGGUAUUCCCAGUUUUCUGCAGCUUCACCUGUGCUGUCGAGACCAUGACAGAGUUUUGGUUGAUCUCUGCACCGGGGGAGAAAACCUGUCAGCAAACAUGGGACACCAUGACGGCAGCCACCACACGUACCAACAAUCUCUCCAACAACCACAAGUUCAACAUCCCCGACCUGAAGGUGGGGACACUCGAUGUUCUGGUUGGGCUGUCGGACGAACUGUCCAAGUUAGACUCCUUUGUUGAAAGUGUGGUGAAGAAGGUUGCUCAGUACAUGGCUGACGUGCUGGAGGACACUCGAGACAAAGUGCAGGAAAACCUGCUGGCCAAUGGAGUUGAUCUUGUCACCUACAUCACCAGAUUUCAAUGGGACAUGGCAAAAUAUCCCAUCAAACAGUCCCUUAAAAACAUCUCUGAAAUCAUCUCAAAGCAAGUAAGCCAGAUUGACAAUGACCUGAAGGCGAGAGCGUCGUCCUACAACAACCUGAAGGGCAACCUGCAGAACUUAGAGAGGAAGAAUGCGGGGAGCCUGCUGACCAGGAGCCUGGCUGACAUCGUCAAGAAGGACGACUUUGUUCUGGACUCGGAGUACCUCAUCACUAUGCUCGUAGUUGUACCAAAGACGGCAUAUGCUGACUGGCAGAAAACAUAUGAGACACUGUCUGAGAUGGUGGUGCCCCGGUCCUCAAAUCUGCUAUUUGAAGACAAUGACAGCGGACUGUUCAGCGUCACUCUAUUCCUGAAAGCCAUCGACGACUUCAAGCUCAAAGCUCGAGAGAACAAGUUCAUAGUGAGAGACUUCCAGUACAACGAGGAGGAGAUGAAAGCAGACAAAGAGGAGAUGACACGGCUCUCUACGGAUAAGAAGAAGCAGUUUGGCCCGCUGGUCCGAUGGCUGAAAGUGAACUUCAGUGAAGCCUUCAUCGCGUGGAUUCACAUCAAAGCACUGAGAGUGUUUGUGGAAUCGGUUCUAAGAUAUGGGCUGCCGGUGAACUUUCAGGCCAUGCUCCUGCAGCCAAACAAGAAGACCGUGAAGAAGCUGAGGGAGGUGCUGAAUGAUCUUUACAAACAUCUAGACAGCAGUGCAGCAGCUAUCAUCGACUGUGCGAUGGACAUCCCGGGCCUGAACCUCAGCCAGCAGGAGUAUUAUCCUUACGUCUACGACAAGAUCAACUGUAACCUGUUGGACUUUAAAGUUUAACACUUUGGCUGUUUUGUCUUUAUGCCGAUUGUUUUCUCAUGACUUAGAUCUGCUCUUCCCUGAACGUCCCUCCCCGUCUUCCCCCCGCUAUCCGUUUCCUCACCGCCACCUCUCCCGCUUGAAUGAGAACGCUGCAUGUUCAUUCCUUGUGGUGAAACAGCCCUACCGUAAGCUUCUAUCAUUUUUAAAACCAAGGGAAAAAAGUAAACAAUUUUUCAUUAGUGUCAUUGUUUACACUUUGUUUUUUUGACGUGAGGUGGGUUAAGAAAUGCUAAAAAGAUAAGUAUAUUUAAAGCCUCAUUCCACUUGUGUUGGCUUAUAUUGAUCCUGAAGAUCCUGAGUGUUCAGAGAUUUGUGUUCAUAUGUUAUCACUGCUACCCACGGCAACCGGACUCGUUAUUUGUUCCUGAGAUUGUGGUGUGGCUUUGUGUAACGUGUGUGUUCUCGUCUGAUGUUGUGUAUAUUUGCUGUGAAAUAAGAUCUGUAUCAGAGUAUUGUGUGUAAGCCAGUGAUUGAAUAAAUAUGAUCGAUGAAUAUACCAAA